UCUUUAUUUUAUUUUCUAUUCUAUGGCUGCUGUUGUUCCUCACUUGCAGUGUUAUUUUUAACAUUUGCUUAUUUUCAUAGAAGAUUGUAUUGUUAUUUAUAAUUACAAUCACAACAAUACAUUUAAUUACCUUGGUGAGUGUGACAUGUCCGAAUCUGGAGGAAGAGGAAGGGCGCGUGGUCGGGCCGGCAGAGGCGGUGAUCAUGCCGGUCCACCUCCGCGCAGACCUGGCGAACCACCGAGACCUGGUACCCAACAACCGAGACCUGGUACCCAACAACCAGUCCCUACAGGUCCUCGCCCACAGCCCCCUACACCAUGGGGUCCUCCUACCGCGCAAGCAGGCAGAGCUUCGCACAGAUCAACUCCGUCUACUCAUCAAGAGCAUCCUGGUGAUGUAGACGUGCAGCAGAGAAUGCAAGCGAUGCAGAUUGCUUCAACAUCGCAACCAACUGCUGCUGGCGAACCAGGCGCCGGGGUAAUCGGGCGUGGCUCACGUCGUGGUGGUGGCAGGGUGCUGCCAGAGCAAACGAUGAUUUUGCGUACACGCCCCAGUGUCAUAGAAUCUAAAAAGGGUACUUCUGGCACUGUCAUUGACCUAAGGAGCAAUUAUUUUUUGGUGAAAACUACGCCACAAUGGCGUCUUUACCAGUAUCAUGUUGAUUUUUCACCGGACGAGGACAGUACCUUCAUCCGUAGGGCACUUUUGCGUGUACAUGCUAAAACUCUGGGCGGUUAUUUGUUUGAUGGGUCUGUGUUGUACACAGUUAAGAGAUUACACCCUGAGCCCCUAAUGUUGUACUCUGACAGGAAGACAGAUGACCAAAGGAUGACAAUGUCGAUAAAGCUCACAUGUGAUGUCAGCCCUGGAGACUACCAUUACAUUCAGAUAUUCAAUAUCAUUAUCAGAAAAUGCUUCCAAAUAUUGGAUCUGCAAUUGAUGGGCAGAGAUUAUUUCGACUCUGAGGCAAAGGUUGACAUUCCUGAAUAUCGUUUACAAGUGUGGCCUGGAUAUAAAACAACUAUCAAUCAGUAUGAAGACCGUCUGUUAAUGGUUACUGAAAUUACUCACAAAGUUCUUCGACUAGAUACCGUGCUUCAAAUGUUAAGUGAUUAUGCUGCAAGUAAAGGAGGAAAUUAUAAAAAGAUAUUUUUAGAAGAUAUUGUCGGGAAGAUAGUUAUGACCGUAUACAAUAAGAAGACAUACAGAGUAGACGAUGUUUCGUGGCAAGUGUCGCCAAAGUCUACAUUCAAAAUGAGAGAUGAGACCAUUACUUACAUGGAUUAUUAUAAAAAGAAAUACAAGAUCACUAUUCACGAUACUGCCCAGCCUUUGUUAAUCUCUCGAUCCAAGCCACGUGAUAUCCGUGCUGGAAUGCCUGAAUUAGUAUAUUUAGUACCAGAGCUAUGCCGUCAGACAGGUCUAACGGAUGAAAUGCGUUCCAACUUCAAACUGAUGAAGGCUCUGGAUGCUCACACUAAGAUUGGCCCAGAUGUUCGCAUACAAAAGCUGAUGGCAUUCAACCAAAGACUGACAAGAAAUCCUGAAGUGGUUAAGGAAAUGGGUGAUUGGGCCCUUACUUUAUCAAACGAACUGAUCAAGAUCAAAGGUCGUCAACUGCCACCAGAAAACAUUAUUCAAGGCAAUAACAGUCGUUACCCAGCUGGAGACACUACUGAGGGGUGGACCCGGGAUAUGCGAUCGAAGCCCCUGUUGGAAAUUGCUCAACUGCCGUCAUGGGUGGUAAUAACUCCAGAGAGGCAGCGCCGUGACGCUGAAGGCUUUGUAGACUUGAUUAUGAAGACAGGUGGAGGUGUAGGUUUCCGUAUGCCUCGACCAGAAGUAGUUACUAUCCGGAAUGAUAGUCCCAUUGAAUACGCAAACGCCUGCGAGAACUCCAUUGCGCGAAAAAAUCCUGCAAUGAUCUUGGUUGUUCUAGCUCGAAAAGUUACUGAUCGCUAUGAGGCGAUUAAGAAGAAGUGUACAGUGGACCGUGCUGUUCCAACGCAGGUUGUAUGCGCACGAAACAUGACAGCCAACUCGGCUAUGUCUAUUGCCACUAAAGUAGCUAUCCAGAUUAACUGCAAGCUUGGUGGUGCUCCAUGGAGAGUAGACAUACCUCUUCAAAGCAUACUCGUUAUAGGUUACGAUGUAUGCCACGACACACGAUCCAAGGAGAAGAGUUUUGGCGGAUUUGUUGCUUCAUUGGAUCGCUACUUGACGCGUUACUUUUCAGCAGUGAACUCUCAUACCUCUGGAGAAGAAUUGAGCUCUCACAUGAGCUUUAAUGUUGGCUCAGCCCUCAAGAAGUUCAGAGAGGUUAAUGGAGCAUUGCCAAACAGGAUUUUUAUAUAUCGUGAUGGCGUCGGUGAUGGACAAAUCCCUUAUGUUCACUCUCAUGAGGUGGAAGAAAUAAAAAAGAAGUUGGCUGAAGUAUAUGCUGGUGCAGAAUAUAAAAUGGCGUUUACAAUUGUAUCGAAACGCAUCAACACUCGCAUCUUCUUGGAUCGUGGACGUGGCGAGAACCCACGUCCCGGUACCGUCGUCGACGACGUAGUCACACAACCAGAGCGCUACGAUUUUUAUUUGGUGUCACAAAACGUGCGCGAGGGAACUAUUUCGCCCACUUCAUACAAUGUCAUUCAAGAUACCACGGGAUUGCAUCCCGACCGGAUGCAAUGGCUGACAUAUAAAAUGACCCAUCUAUACUACAAUUGUUCUUCGCAAGUACGCGUUCCCGCCGUGUGCCAGUAUGCACACAAGCUCGCGUUCUUGGCGGCCAACAGCCUCCACAGCCAGCCCCAUUAUUCGCUAACUGACACAUUAUAUUUCCUGUAAAUUUAAAUGUCUACUUUUCAUUUUUUUUUUCUUUUUUUUUUGUGAUUUAUGUCAAAACGUCAAAAUUGUUUUGAAUAUUUUCAUAGUGCGUUUGUAGUAGGUUAUAAUAAGUAUCAAGUAGUGUGUGAUACUUACUACAUAUUAAAUUAGCUCUAAGAAAAUACGUGACUGUUUAGAUUGUUAAGACUUUGCUGGGUUUGAUAUUGAAUAUUAGACCUACAACCUCUCGUCUGCGGUUUAUUAUGUCUCAAUCUGAUCUGCAUUCCGGCAGACCAAGGGUUAUAAAAUACUCUUAAACUCAAAAUCUCGAUUUUGGUAAAAAUAUUAUACCAACCUUAUGAGUAGUAUGUACUUUGUGUACCAAAAUUAGUGAAGUAAGCUAGGUUUGAUAAAUACCUCCUUUUAUUUUUUUACUAGCUUAUAAGGUUUUUUUUAUUUAGUAUUAACAUUAACAAAUAGCCGCGUACUGACUGGCCUCCAAACGAUCUCGCGAGGCAACCUCAGGCGAUUAAACAAAAACUCCACAACCCUCUGCUCUAUCCGCGGCAUGCUCGUUCGAGGCAUGUCCUGACUAGCCAAGCAUUUGCCUCGCGAGGCUGCUCGGUCAGUGGGUACGCGACUAAUGCUUUUUUCGUGACUAUGACUACCUCCAACAAGUUAUUGUGUAGACAGCAGCUAGUCAUGUUUACCACCGAUUGAGAAAUGGUUGAUUUUGAUGAAUGUUUACAAUGGUGGUUGAACAUGCUUGUGGUUCACAGAUAUUACCCACCUGUGACAUUAAUUACGUAAUGUUCACAUACCAAACUGUUCCUACAAACUAAUUUGAAAUGUUAUUUUUUGUUAAGCAUUUUUAUAAGACUAUAAAUAGGCUAAAAACGCUGAAUAUUUAGAAACUGCCUGAGGCAUUUCUCAUUUUUUGGUAAAAUGUUGCCAUAUGAUUGCCAUGGGCAUAUAAGUUUAUUUUGAAUACUUUAGAUUAAGUGUUAACUUUUUUAUUUCUAAAGUUUAUAUCGUCUCAUGACAUUCCGAAUGAGUAUUUUCUUAAUUUUAGUCCUUCCUUGCACUGUCUUUUUUGACUUUCAAAGCUCAAUUUAAAAUAAACCCUGGUAGCUAACCAGGACAGUGACUAAGUAUAAGUAUUCUCCAGACUGCAUGUCUGUUUUGAUUUAACAAGUUAUUUUACGUAAAUUACGGUACUUUCAGACUUUAAAUUGGUUCUUACGAAAAUGUAAGUAAUGACGAAUUUGAUUAUUGCGCCAUAAUUUGGAACUACCAAAUACCCUUUUUGUACUUAUUACAUUUUCUUACUAAAUA